AGAGUCAAUAUACGUGUGUGUAUGUAUAUGUAUUAUAUAAGAGGAGGGUGAGAGCACAAAAGAGACGUUUCAAGGAUAUAUUGGUUAGUUUCAGAGAGAGAGAAAGAGAGAGAAAGAGAAGAAGAAGAAAGAAAGAAUCAUCGAAGCUCUUGCAAUUCUCAUGAACUGCGGAGUCGUAUUGGGUUUCUACUGUUGGGGUUGGGAGUUCUUAACCGCCCUUCUUCUCUUCUCCGCCACGCCCUCCCUCCCCCUUCUCUUCUAGAUUAAUCCAUUUCUAUUUUAGCCUCUUCAUUUUCCAUACAUAUAUUAUACAUAAAUUCAAAUUUAUUAUUAGCAGAAGAAAAAAAAAAGAGAAAAGAAAUUAGGUAUAGAGAUCAGAGAGAUCGAUUGAUCGGAGAUGUUGGGGCCGGAAUGUGAUCGGCAGCAUCAGAAGAGCCUGUUAGAGUACGUGAGGAAAUCGUCGCCGCCGCCGUUCCUGCUCAAGACCUACAUGCUCGUGGAGGAUCCGGCGACCGAUGACGUCAUUUCCUGGAACGACGACGGCACCGCCUUCGUCGUCUGGCAGCCGGCGGAGUUCGCCAGAGACUUGCUCCCCACGCUCUUCAAGCACAGCAACUUUUCCAGCUUCGUCCGCCAGCUAAACACCUAUGGUUUUCGCAAGGUGACGACAAACCGAUGGGAGUUUAGCAACGAAAUGUUCCGGAAAGGGGAGAGGGAUUUACUCUGCGACAUUCGCCGCCGAAAAGCAUGGUCCAACAAGCCAAACAAUAACAACAACAACAACAAUAACGCACAAUCCCAGGAUCCACCCAAGAACAACAAAGAAGCCAACGACGAAGACCAGCGCUCCUCGUCCACCUCGUCCUCCUCGGAGUACAUCACCCUCGUCGACGAGAACAAGCGCCUCAAGGAGGAGAACGGCGUUCUCAGCUCCGAGCUGACGACAAUGAAGAGGAAAUGCCGAGACCUGCUCGACUUGGUCUCCAUGUACGCCGCCAGCUCGGAGAAAGAGGAAGAGGAAGAGGAAGAAGAAGAAGAAGAAGUGAUGAGGCCGCCAUUGAUGCUGUUUGGGGUGAGGUUGGAGGUUCAAGAAGAGGCGGAGAGGAAGAGGAAGAGAGCUGAGAUCAAUCAAACCGCUAGUCUGUUUCUGUCCCAACUAUGCAAAUAAGGUAAUCAUAAUUCAUAAGUCCUUCCACUUAAAAUAAAGUGGGUAAUAUAUUAUUAUAUUAUAAUAUACAUAAAUAGGAGUUUUAUAAUUUCAUGCAAUUAUAUAUAUAUAAUGCAUGCAAGCAUGCAUGCAUGUGCAAAUGUUAUUAAUUAGUAGCGAUGAGUUGAGCAAAUGAGUAUAUAUACAUAUUCUUAAUGGAAAAUUGUAUAUUAUACUUUGUAACAACUUGUUUAUGGGAAAGAGGUACUCAGCUCCCAAGUAUUGUCCUUUCCCUUUUAGGUUAUUUUGCACUCAUUUUUAAUAAAAUAUAAAAUAAAAGAGACUUUAAUUUGAAGAUUUA